AUGUCAGACUUCAAAAUCAAAACUGGGUUAGCCCAAAUGUUAAAGGGUGGGGUUAUAAUGGAUGUCGUUACUGCUGAACAAGCCAUUAUAGCUGAAAGAGCUGGAGCUUGUGCUGUAAUGGCAUUAGAAAAGAUUCCUGCUGAUAUGAGAGCUUCUGGUAAUGUUUGUAGAAUGUCAGAUCCAAAAAUGAUUAAAGAAAUCAUGGCAGCUGUUUCAAUCCCAGUUAUGGCAAAAGUUAGAAUUGGUCAUACUGUUGAAGCUCAAAUUUUAGAAGCUUUAGAAAUUGAUUAUAUUGAUGAAAGUGAAGUGUUAACUCCUGCUGAUUGGUCUGAUCAUAUUACCAAAACUGAUUUCAAAGUCCCAUUUGUAUGUGGUGCUAAAGAUUUAGGUGAAGCCUUAAGAAGAAUUCAUGAAGGUGCUGCUAUGAUUAGAACUAAAGGUGAAGCUGGUACUGGUGAUGUUUCAGAAGCUGUUAAACAUAUUAAAAAGAUAAAAUCUCAAAUUCAAUAUGCCAUUAAUGAUUUAAAAACCGAUGCUCAACUUGAAUCAUUUGCUAAAGAAUUAAGAAUCCCUGUUUCAUUAUUAAAACAAGUUAUUGAAUUGAAAAAAUUACCCGUUGUCAAUUUCGCAGCUGGUGGUGUUGCAACUCCAGCUGAUGCAGCUUUAUUAAUGCAAUUAGGUUGUGAUGGUGUAUUUGUUGGUUCUGGUAUUUUUAAAUCUAAAAAUCCUGAAAAAUUAGCUAAAGCCAUUGUUAAUGCAACUACCAAUUUUGAAGAUCCACUUAAAAUCUUAGAAUAUUCAACUGAUUUAGGUGAAUUGAUGGCUGGUGUAAGUAUUGAAUCUAUUAAGAAAAAUGGUAAUUAA